AACCUUCGCCUCGGUGAUUCGGGUGAAGCUUAUUGAUGAGAGGUGGACAGGUGCAUGUUGUGAUUUAGUAUUCCAUAGCGAGCACUGAUGGCGAUGGCGAUGGCGAUCAACUCACUCUCCUCCACCGUGGCUCUCCGUCACCGAUGUCCACACGCUCUUAGCAGCGUCUGGCCAAGGGGCGGUACUAGUAGGGUUCUUCUUGGUGCGCGGACAAACAGCCAAUUCUGGGGUGGCAUCAAGAGGCAGUUCAAUAGUGCAACUAUUACGCAAGCUGCGCUUCAAAUUGAUCUUGUUAAGUGUUUGGUGGACAACUAUGCUUACUUGCUCCAUGAUACAGCCUCCGGCACCACUGGUAUUGUGGACCCUUCUGCUGCUGGGCCUGUUGUUAAGGCUCUGAAAGAAAAAGGCCUGUCCUUGGACUACAUCUUAAACACUCAUCAUCAUUGGGACCACACUGGUGGAAAUGCAGAUUUGAAGAAACAGUAUAAUGCAAAGGUGGUAGGGCCAAGAGCAGACCAAGAACGGAUACCAGGCAUUGACAUUGCUCUUAGAGAUGGCGAGACAUGGAUGUUUGGCGAGCAGCUCAUGCGUGUUCUUGAUACCCCCGGUCAUACUCGAGGGCAUGUUAGCUUCUACUUUGAAAGAAGCAAGUCUUUGUUCACUGGAGACACUCUCUUUUCAAUAGGAUGCGGCCGCUUGUUUGAAGGUUCUCCUGAGCAGAUGUGGAUUUCUUUGUCGAAAUUGACAGCGCUGCCGGAUGACACACUAGUGUACUGUGGUCAUGAAUAUACAAUGUCGAAUGCAAAGUUCGCAUUGACUGUGGAGCCUCAGAAUAUUGCUUUGCAGUCACGAGCUCAGCAAGUGAAGGAGCUUCGUGAUAAGGAUCAACCAACGAUUCCCACCACAUUACGAGAGGAGAAGGAAUUUAACCCUUUUCUGAGACCAUUUAGUGCUGAACUAAGGAAAUCACUCAAUGUGGCGGCUGCUGCAAGUGACAUCGAUGCAUUUGCUGCAGUUCGUGCCGCUAAGGACAGAGCAUAACCAACCUCUAGUAAAUAGCAACGGUAUUUUUUUUGCCUUAGUCAGUAGACUGUCGUUUCCAAGGCAGGAAACCCACAUGGAUUCCAAUGCUCAGAUUCAUGUCAGUUCCCUUUCAAAGUACAAUUCAAGUCCUUCCACCCAUUUCAGUGUUCAUAGGAUGAAACUUGUAUAGUGAUAUUGGGGUAAGUUUGAAUAUUGCUUGUGCCACCAGAGCUUUAUCUAUGUUACAUGGCAAUGUGUUAGUUAAGGCCUCUUGUUUUUCACUCUCUCCUGUUAAUAUUCUAUUGAAACACGAAAAUUAGUAAUAAUGUUGUUGUCAUUUAUAUUA